GUCGUGGGAGUUAGGUUCGGGUGGUGUUGAAGACAUGGACGCGGCUCGAGCGUUAGAGAAAUAUGUGCCGGAAUGGUCAUUGACAAACAAGGACAGGAUUGUGGACGCUCUUACGGCUAAGAUGGCAUUGUUUCAUUUGGGAACCCCAGCCGAGCAUUCUCACUAUCGGAAAAUGAGCGGGCCGGAACUCGGAAACGCCCUAAUGUUAAAUCAGGCCCAGUCAAACUCUCUGGUGGUAGAAACGUAUAAACGUUGGAUCGAGUCGGAGUCGUCUUGUCACAAUCUCCAGCGUGAAGUUGCUGCUCUGAGGAGUGAAGAUAAUGUCCGGUCAAAGACAAAACAAGAGCUUUCUUCCCUUCGAUCUCAGGUGGACCGCUUAAAAGGACAAGUUUCGAUGGCUAAAGAGGUUAACAAAUCCUCCCAAGCUUCGGCCGCGGCAGCUCAUGAGGCUCGGGAUAAAGCUCUUCAAGACCUCGAAACUUUCAAAUUGAAGUGUGCCGAUCUCGAGAAGAAUCUGGCCGAUACGGAGAAGAGGUGUGCGGCUGAGCUGAAGGAAAUGAAGGCGUCUUACGAUCAACUUUUGGCCGAUCACCACAGUCUGAUGAACGAUAAAGAUGAAGUUGAGAGAGCCCGUGACAGGGCGAUCGAAUCACAUAAGGCAAUAAUCGACGAAGCGAAGGGCAUGUUGACCCGAACUGAUGGUGAAAUGGUUAAAGUAUACGCUCAGGUGUCGGAGCUCAUGCUGACCAAACAAUGGUUUUUGACGGAGGGGAUUGCCUGGGUGGUCAAACUGGUUCAUCAGAGUCCCGAGCUGGAGAAGGUCAUUGCCGACCUGGUUAACAGUGUUAACGCGGUGGGGGCGAACGAGGGAAUUAAGCAGGGCUUCAAGGCCGCCCAUGAUUCGGUUCGUUCUGCUGAAGAAGUUCCGGGUUAUGACGAGGGGGCUCAAGACGCAUUGGAUGCUGCGGUAAAAGCUUUCGAUGAGCUCCAGAUCUCCGUUCUUAGAAAAGUUGCGGAUUUGAUAGACAAGCCCUUGUCUGUCAUCCAACAGAGAAGCAAACUUCCUAUUGUAGAGGAGGAUGACAAUGUAACUCAAGUUUAGCACUUUUUACUUUGUAAUCGUACAAUAUUUUCUUUUCUUUUGGCAUGUAACUCGUACAAUCUACUUUGUUUAGAGUAUUCACCUGACAUGUUUUAUAUGAUAUCACGACUUUCGAUAACUUGGUAUCCACUCCUGGCUACUUAGUUCUUAGUUUGCGUCCAAACUUUUACUGUUCGACCAGGUUUUAUUUCUCGGUUCACUUAGGUGACCGAAUCUAGCAAGGAGUUUUUUGUUAACUGUCCUUGAUUAGUAGGUUUUAACGGUCGUACCGAAUUGGGAGCGUACCGCCUGCUUAAUAGGUUUUAUUGCUUUUAGAACUAUUUAAGCCUUCUCGAUCGGCGCGAGGCAUGGGUCGAGGCCCGUUUGUGCACAUUUUUUGGUAUUGUUCGAACUUACACGAAUGCUAUGCUUUAUAUUUACUAAAGUACGGAUCGCUUUAUUUGAUUGCUUAAUCAAAAACCUGGGGAGAAACCCUCCCGGUUACACGGAAAUCAGAAAUUUGUUCGGGGUAUUACCCUCCCGACUUACAUACGGAAUUUGUAAAUAAUCGUAAAAAACAAAAAAAGCGAUUUUUUAGCCGUAUCCGGCUGUUUACAUGAAGCAUUUCUUUAGGUGCACCCCGUUCCAAGUUCUUGGCACGGGGGUUCCAUCGAUUUUCUCUAAUACGUACGAGCCUUUCUCGCUCGCUUCUUUGACUCGAUACGGUCCUUCCCAUUUCGGGGUUAACUUGCCAGGCGCUUCGAUACGGCUUGCCUCAUUGUUUCGGAGUACGAAAUCUCUGACUUCGAACUUGUAAAGCUUGGCACGAGCAUUGUAGUAUUUCUCGAUUUUUUUCUUGUACCUGGCUUCUUUGAUUGCCGUGACGUUUCGACGUUCCUCCAGCAGAUCAAGAUUAGAUCGGAGCUCCCGUUCGUUUUCCUCCCAAAUCUUGCAUCUUUGGUUUGGGAGCCCGAUUUCCGCGGGAAUUACGACUUCGGUUCCGUAAGUGAGACUGAACGGCGGUUCCCCAUUGCUGGUCUUGUGUAACGUUCGGUGAGCCCAUAGGACGUUCGGCAGUUCAUCUGCCCACCCUUUGCCUUCGUAUCCCAGCCUUCUUUUUAUCCCGUCCACGAUCCGCCGGUUUACCUGUUCGACUUGCCCGUUCCCCUGGGGAUGGGCAACCGAGGAAAAGACUUGGUUUAUCUUCAAGCUUUCACACCAGCGCUUGAAUGGGUUCUCCGCAAAUUGUUUUGCGUUGUCGCUAACAAUGUAGAGUGGCAGGCCGAAACGGCAUACAAUUUGCUCCCAGAAAAAUCUCGUUACGUAGUAACCGGAGAUAAGUGUGAAUGGCCGAGCCUCCACCCAUUUGGUGAAAUAGUCUACGGCGACCAACAAAUACUGAGCGCUCCCGCUUGAUCGUGGAAAGGGGCCGACUAUGUCGACGCCCCACUUCUAGAAAGGCCAUGCUGCGGUUACUGGAAUCAUUUUGUUCUUAGCCCGAAGGCUUAUCGGUGCAUGCCUUUGACACUCAUCACAUUGCUGAAGUUUUUUGACUGCACUCUCGUGCAUCCCGGGCCAGUAAUACCCUGCGUUUUUGACCUUGGUCACUAUCAUUUUUGGUCUGGCAUGAAUUCCGCAAAUGCUGUAGUGUAUUUCCCUGAUAAUAUAACUGGCUUGCUCCGGGUCAAGAUAUUUUAGCAACGGUCCGAGAAAAGUUUUUUGAUAUAACCCUCCUUCUUGCAUCUGGUACUGGAGAGAGUUGAUUUGGAUUUUUCUUGCUUCUGCCUUGUCAACCGGUGGGACGUCAUGCACCAAGUAGUUGAUUAUAGGUGUCAUCCAUGUUUGGGACGGAGCUUAUACUUGCAUGACAUGGGGGUGGCAAUCGAUGGUGCGGUUAACACUUCAACCCUUACCUCUUUGGCCAAGUGACUGAAUGAUCCGGACGCAAGUUUACUCAGCGCGUCGGCCUUUUUGUUUUUGCUUCGGGGGACGUGCUCGAUUUUGCAUGAUUCAAACGAUGCCAUGAUUUGUUUUACUUGUUCAAGAUAUUUAAUCAUGUUGGCUUCCCUCGCUUCAUAAUCCCCGUUUACCUGAUUUGCCACGAGUAAUGAGUCUACAUGGGCUACGACGUUUUUUGCUCUGACUUUUUCCGCCAGACGUAGGCCUGCUAAUAAGGCUUCGUAUUCGGCUUCGUUAUUGGAGCUCUUGAAUUCUAAACGGAGUGCGUACGUCAUAUCCGCACCAUUUGGAUCGGUGAGAAUUAAGCCUGCCCCUGACCCUUCGGAGCUCGAAGCUCCAUCUGUGUAUAGGGUCCAAGGUUUGUUUGGAGCUUUCUCAGUUUCUUCGAUUGCUUUUUCUUCUGGUAUUUCCACUAGGAAAUCGGCUACCACUUGCCCCUUCAAAGGUCCCUUGGUUCUGAAAGUAAUAUUGAAUGCGCCUAGUUCGAUCGCCCAUUUUGCCAGGCGACCUGAAACUUCUGGUCAUCGGAGAACAUGCUGGAUUCUUUGGUCCAUUCGUACUUCGAUUGGGUGGGCCUGAAAAUACCGACGAAGCCUUCUAGAAGCAUGAACCAGUGCCAAAGCUAAUUUUUCCAAAUUCGAGUAUCUUGUUUCAUAAUCUUUCAGUGUUCGGCUUACAUAAUAGAUGGGGAUACGUGCCCCGGUUCGGUGAGCAACAAGCACUGCACUGAUUGCUCCAUACGACGCGGCUAAAUAAACUGUCAAUACUUCGUCUUUUUCUGGUACAGUGAGCGUCGGUAGAGUACCGAGACAAGUUUUAAGUUCUUCAAAAGCUCGUGUGGCUUCUUCGGUCCAUUUGAAGUCCGAUCUGAAGCUUUUUCUGAGCACGUCCAUGAACGGGAGAGAUCUGUCUGCUGCUUUCGACAGGAACCGGUGGAGGGCGGCUAAUCGUCCAUUCAAGGACUGAAUUUCUUUAACCGUCGUCGGAGCUUUCAUUGUAAGGACAACAUCGAUCUUGUCUGGGUUUGCUCGCAAACCUUUUGAUCCGACCAUGACCCCUAGGAACUUUCCUUCUUCCACUCCGAAUGUACACUUUUUGGGGUUUAGCUUCAUGUUGAUGCUUCAGAGCCGGGUAAAGGUUUCAAGUAUGUCUUUCAACAUGGUUGCUUCAUCAUGACUUUUGAUCACUAUAUCGUCAACGUAUACUUCUAAGUUCCGUUCGAUCUGGUCUUUGAAGGCUUUGUUCAUUAGUUGCUGGUAUGUAGCUCCGGUGUUUUUUAAUCCAAAUGGCAUUUUAGUGAAACAAUAAACUCCUUCAUUGGUGACGAACGCUGUCUUGUCUUCGUCUUCAAUUGCCAUUUGUAUCUGGUGAUAUCCUUUGUAAGCUUCCAGAAAGCAUUUCAGCCUGAAUGUGGCAAUAGAAUCAAUCUUCUCGUCAAUUUCCGGUAAUGGAAAACAAUCCUUCGGGCAAGCAUCAUUUAGAUCGGUGAAGUCGAUGCACAUUCGCCAUGAAUUAUCCUUUUUUCGUACCAUGACUAGAUUCGACACCCAUGUUUGGUACCGGACUUUCCGAAUGAUCCCGGCGUCCAGGAGACUCUUUACAUCUUUUGCGAUUGCCUUGGCUCGGUCCGGUGCCAUGUGCCUUUUUCUUUGUGCUAUCGGCUUUAUUGACUCUUUUACGUUUAGGUGGUGCUGUGCCAUGGAUCUGGGGACUCCCUGCAUGUCGGAGUGCUUCCAAGCGAAAACAUCGAUUGAGUUACUCAGUAAUUCCCACAAAAGUUUCUUUGUUUGUUUCGGGAGCUGUGCACCAAUGGCCACUUGUUGUUCGGGAUACUCUGGGUUGAUUGCCCAAAGCUCCGUGGGUACUUCAGAUUUUUUGGAACUUGUUUCUGCUGCGUGUCUUACCUCAGCUACGAAUGAAUUUGAUUCUGAAAGUAUAGUGGCGACACCUGCUUCGGUGGGAAAUUUAAUGGCGCCGUGUAUCGUGGAACUGAUUGCUCCGAGGGCUCGUAACCCGGGUUGCCCGAGUAUUAUGUUGUGCGAGGAGUGGGUCCGUACGACCAAAAAGGUCAACUGUACGGUUCUGCUCUUGUCACCAUCUUUGAAUGUGGUCGGACGAACUACCUCUCCUGAAAAACUUAUUACAGGGUUUGAUACUUCGAUCAACUUUUUCUUUUUUUGGGGAUUUAGCUGUUGGAAGCAUUGUAAAUACAUUAUCUCGAAAGCACUUCCUCCAUCCACGUAGAUCCGCCGGACCAAGUGUCCUGCGACUACAGCUGAUAUCGUGAUUGGUCCGUCUAGAGCGUCUUCCGGAUCAAUCGGAGGGAAAUACGUGGGCUGGUGCAUCCAAGCUGCCAUAUGCUGAUUCGAUCGCUUUACCCCUCUUGGGUCGACAAACCGAAUCAUUUUGAUUCCGGCCUCGGUGUUCGGGUUAUCGUUUGCUGUCGCGGGCUUCUUCCCAUCCUUUACCUCUUUUACAAGAUGAGAAAGUUUACCGGACCGUACAGCCUUUUCAAUCUCCUCUUUUAGUGCCCAACACUCAUCAGUUGUAUGCCCCUUGUCUCGGUGAUACUCGCAAUACUUCUUGGAGUUCUUAUCCGAAGUGGGUUGCUGUUUUGACGGUGUAGGAAACCGAGUGGUUUCCGUACUGAGGAUUUCGCUUGGUGACUUUGUUAGUUCAGAGAAAGUGUUGAAUCGCACGUUUCCAGUCCGGAAGCUGCUUUGAUCGGAUUUUUGGUACGGACCGCGACUUUUGUUCCAAUUGUUGUUUCUAUCUUUUGGUGGCGAUGUGUUCCGUCUCCAUGACGUGGUUCGAGCUUUGGAAUUUCUAGCGGUUGUUUCGUUCAGCUGACCACAGGCACUCUUCCCUCGGACAAAAGCUCGAGCUCGCUCCAUGAGUACCUCCAUGGUUUUUGGGAGAUCUUCGUGGAGCUUUUCCACCAACUGAUUGUUCCGUACCCCGUGACAAAAUCCGGAGACCCGGAGCUGGUCGACUGCUCCGCUUAUCUGCAUGCUCUCUCGGUUGAAGCGAUCUAUGAAAUCUUCUACGGACUCUCCGUCGCGGCUCUUUAUGUUGUACCUCAGUAAUGUCUUUCUUGCAACGACGCUGCUGGCAGAAGUUUUGCAAGAAUAUACGUCGGAAAUCUUCAAAAUGAUCAAUUGACCCCUCGGGCAGCCCAUCGAACCAUACUCUGGCUGAUCCGGUGAGAGUUUGAGCGAACAUGUGACACCAGGCCGGCAUGGGCCAUUGUUCGACCUUAGCUGCUCUGGCAAAUGCAAACAUGUGGUCGUCCGGAUCGGACGUACCGUCAUAAAAUUUCAAAGUGGGGGCAUUUUUAACUUGGCCGGGAGUGGGGCAUUGACAAUCCGCAUCGUGAAUUUUGACUGAGAAGUCAUAGACGUGGGAUGAUACGGCAUAAUUAGCUCCUGAUGCUGAGGGUUUAAGCCCAAAGAUCCCUGGCGAAACAGGUCGUUAAGACCGUUAUUCAUUGGAGCAUUCGUAAACGAGGAGAAUUGUGCAACACAUGUUAUGGGAGUAAGGAUUGCAGAACUUACCAUAGAUCCAGAGGUGAGAGUGCCGAUAGAAACGGGGUUGCUCCCUGGAUAUACGCUGCUGAACAAGUUCGUGCGGAGACUCUGCAACAUUUCCUCUCGCUGCUGCUGCUGCUGUUGUAGCUGUCGUAACAAGUCGGCGUUCCGUAAUAGGAAGGCAUUGUCGAAAGCUGGCAGCGGUGUUGCGACUGGAGCGGUAACCGAGAGCGUUGUGACAGAGCUUGCGAUUACGGAACUUGCAACUAGAGGUGCCGAUGCUAAACCAGCUGAGACCGCUGCAGCAACUGCUGCUGAAGCAGUUGUGGAGGAAACAUUUCCUUCCCAGAUGUCGUUAAAUGACGGGAAAGUAUUCGUAGGAGCAGCUGUUGUGGAUUCCAUGACUUGGAAGAAACAGGUUUAGCAAAAUGACUUGAGUGAAUUCGAGGGGAUGGCGCCACUGAAGACUCAAAAACUGGUUGAUUCGACCUGGUUAGAGUUAUGACUUCGAUGACCAAGCAAUGAACCUGCAAGAUCACAAGGAAACAAGCACACCAUUAGCCUUGUCACAGGGAGGGGGGCCUCUCUGUGACCAAGCUCGGGCGUGAGAAUAAGUAUUUGUGAGGAGAAGGCAGGUCAGGGAGAGAGAGAGGAGAGUUUAGAGAGAGAAAGUAGCAGUUACCCGUUUUGGAAGUCUAAGUAUGGUAUUUAUAGUCUUUGGGUAUGCUGACGUGGCAAGUUAGUUAGGGCCGGACCAGUCGCUGUCAUGGUAGUUAUGGCCGUGGGGCCAAGUUAGUUAUGGCGUAGCAACAUCUUUGGUAGUUCCGUCUAUAACGUACGAUCCGACCGGGGGCGUGACUGUGGGAGGCCCGACUCUGUAUCUAGCAGUGAUUCGGUCCGACCAAGAACGUAUCCUCAUCAGAGAAAUAGGCGGAGCGCCGACGAAAAACAGUGGCUAGGCCGCUGUUUCGAUGACGACGCCGUCGCCGUCUGAGGCAUUCUGUUGCGGCGGCGAAGGAAGAGAGACAAGACCAGAGAGAAAAAGGGAGCCGACGUUCAGCGGCGACGAUGGAUGGCAGACGACGGUGGUACUUUUGUGCGGCGAGAUUUCACCGUAUUGACGAUGUUGACGUCGGCUGACGGUGGUGGAGCUGUUUGGGCUCCACUUUUUGGUUCAAACACGGUUCGAGUUCUUGUUCAUUCAGUCCAGAUUCGGAUUUGGUUUUGGUUUUGGGGAAUAUUUUGGUUCGGGUCAAACCCGGUUGACUCGGUCAACACCCGAGUCAACUCGGGUCAACAGCAGGUCAACGGUUCACGUUCGGGAUACGGUUCAGGGUUGAAGAUCGGUUUGAUGUUCGAGUUAACUCGGCCCGGGUCAACUCAGCUAAGCUGGGUCAACUCAGUCCAACCUAGUCGACUCAGUCAAACCCGAGUCGACUCGGUCAACAGGUCAAAGUGGUCAACAGAAUGGUUCAAGUUCGCGACUCAGUUCGGUGUUCGGGUCAAGGUUUGGUUCAACUCGGUUUGACUCGGUCAAACCGAGUCAACUCAGUCAACGAAUUGGUCAACACGCGGUCAAACAAGUCAGCUUUGGUAGUCAACGGUCAACAGUCCGGUCAAAACUAGUCAAUGCUUGACUCGGUAAAGUUCAAACGACGCGAAAUUCUUAUCUCGUUAGUUUAAUUAUAGUUCUAGAUUUCAUAUUUAUACGCGACGAGCUCGAAACCGAAUACAUAUAGUGAUUUACUUACUAUUUUGCAUUUUGAAGAAAAUUAUAUUAACAUAUGUUGUUUGAUUGACAAUUGAUUGAGUUUGAUUAAAAUAUC